AAGUGAACAAAAGCAAGUUCAUGGAUUAAUCAAGUUUAAUUUUCGAUUCCAUAGUUUUAGAGGUGCUAUUGACUUUCAUCAAGUUCAAUAACGCGCACAAUAAUGUUGGGAAGUAUCGAUAAUAUCAUAUUUCUAGUGUCGCUAAGUGGUUUUAUUCAUUUCACGGAAGCUAGUUGUCCGAACAUCAUAAGCAGAUCUAGUUGGGGUGCUGUGCCAGCGAAAAGUAGACAGAAUCUGAGCCAGAAUCCCCCACCCUAUGUGGUCGUCCACCAUUCGGAGACACCUGCAUGUCAAACUACUGAAAAAUGCAAGCAGCGCAUUAAAAACAUACAAUAUGAUCAUAUGACCAACAGAAACUGGCAAGAUAUUGGCUACAAUUUCUUGAUCGGUGGUGAUGGCAAUAUAUACGAAGGUAGAGGUUGGGGUACUCAUGGAUCUCAUGUUCCCAAAUACAACAGACGAAGCAUCGGAAUUUGCCUCAUUGGAGAUUUCACCAGGAAUCCCCCUCCUUCCGUUCAACUGACAGCUCUGAAUGAUCUCAUCAGCUGUGCUUCUGACACCAACAAUAUCAGAUCAGAUUACCACCUCAUUGGCCACAGGCAGGGAAGAGAGACAGAUUGUCCUGGAGACGCUUUGUUUGAAGAGGUGAAAAGAAUGCCCCAUUGGGAGGCUCAUCCCAACUAACUUCGAGAGACUGAUAUUGAAUGUGAUAAUUCACUCAUAUUGAAAUUGUUAAUGAAAAUAAUAAAAUAGACAUACUGAUAUUAUUUGCUGACCAAAUAUAAGAAUUGAGUUGUUUGACUGCAGUUAUUUUCCAAAAUAUACAGGGAGUUUCAUAGGCGAUAGUAAUACAAAGAUAGAAAUAAAAAUUAUAGUUGACGUUG